CGUAGUGGCUAUUUCCUGUAUUUCCUACUUGCUGCUGUUUCCAGUCGAAAAGAUGGCAGAAGUGAAAGCUUCCAUGAUUUGUGGCGCUAUAGUGGCUUUGUUAAGUUCAGCGGUGGCGGCGUUUGUUGAAGAUCUGGAUGACACAUUCAAAGAAACCAGAAUUGGUGAUAUCUGGCUCGUAGAUUUCUAUGCACCAUGGUGUGGUUACUGUAAAAAACUAGAGCCGGUAUGGCAUGAGGUGGGAAUAGAACUGAAGACCUCUGGGUCACCAGUCCGGGUGGGAAAGAUGGAUGCCACAGCCUAUUCUGGAAUUGCAUCAGAGUUUGGUGUCCGUGGUUACCCCACUAUAAAACUGCUAAAGGGCGAUCUUGCCUAUAAUUACAAGGGGCCAAGGACAAAAGAUGACAUUGUAGAGUUUGCUAACAGAGUGGCAGGGCCAGCUGUCCGGGCGCUUCCCAGCAAGCAGAUGUAUGAACACAUGAUGAAACGCCACACGGUGCUUUUUCUGUACGUCGGGGGAGAGUCUCCCCUUAAAGAGAAAUACAAUGACGUGGCCUCGGAGCUCAUUGUGUAUACUUAUUUCUUCUCGGCAUCAGAGGAUGUGCUUCCUGAGUCAGUCUCACUGCCAGAGCUUCCCGCAGUUGUAGUGUUUAAGGACGGCGGCUACUUUUCCUAUGAUGAGUAUGUUGAUGGUAGUUUGUCAUCCUGGGUGAACAAGGAGCGAUUCCAAGGGUACCUUCAGAUCGACAGCUUUACGCUGUAUGAGCUCGGAGAAACAGGCAAAUUGGUGGUGAUUGCAGUCAUUGAUGAGAAGGACCCAACGGAGGCGAGUGGCAGAUUAAAGAUUUUGAUUCAGAAUGUGGCUAAGGAAUACAGAGAGCAUUUUAACAGAGAUUUCCAGUUCGGCCACAUGGACGGGAAUGACUACAUUAACAGCCUCAUUAUGAAUGAGGUGACUGUGCCCUCCGUUAUCAUCCUCAACACAUCCAAUGAGCAGUACUUCCUGCCCAGCGAGCCCGUCGAGACCACGGAGCAGCUGGUCCAAUUCAUCAGCAGUGUUCUGAAUGGUUCUGCGCAGGCGUAUGGAGGUGACGGCAUUAUACAGAGAAUAAAACGCAUUGCCUUUGAUGCCCACGCUACCAUAGUGUCGGUGUUUCGCAGCUCUCCGAUCCUGGGCUGCUUCCUGUUCGGCCUCCCGCUGGGUGUAAUUAGCCUGAUGUGCUACGGCAUCUGCACUGCUGAAUCGGAUGACGGUUCUGAUGACAUAGAUUCGCUUAAGAGGGAGGGCCUUAUUGAUGAAGAGGAGGAGAGGCGUCGCGCCACUGAGCUGGAGGGCCCAGACGAAGAUGAGGACGAGGAGUCGGAUUUGGAAGAAAAGGAUCCCGAGAAGAAGAAAACAGAUUAACACGAGAGAGAGAGAAUGAAAGGUUUAGUCGAAACUCAGAGACAUAUUAGUGCAUUACUGUUCCGCUUCUUUGUUUUUCCCUCUCGAAACCUACAACAGACUGUUCUGUCAUCUUUGACUCACGUUUAAAAUUUCCAGUCUUUUUUUUUUUUUAUUGUAACGUCUGAGAGAAAAGGAGACUCCUUUGAAGUAAACAUACGAGCCUGCUUGAAAUCUUAAGUACAGACUUUAAAAUAUGUGUAAAUAGCCAAUUGUAUAAAAUUUGAAUAUUUUAAGCAAUUUCCAAAGUUACUGAAGUCCAACAGCAAAA